AUGCCUUCGGCACGUAGACUGCGUGCUCUGCUGCUAGUCGCCCUGGCAGUGGUUAUCACCAUCUUAUUCUUCACGUCACAAUGGCAGCAGACGAGCGAGCGCGACACCCGAACCAUCCAAGACUUUUAUCACAAGACCAUCAACGCCAUGGAUGGUAAGAGGGGCACUGGAGGGUCCCAGAUCAUCAUGAGUGGCAAAGGCGGCCAGGUCAGUGCCGAGGCCAAGGACAAGGACGGAGACGGCUCUAUUGAUGCAGACGAUGAGCAAAUGGCCGAUGAAAUGGCCGAGCGCCUCCGAGCAGCUGAGCAAAAGGCCAAGGACCUCGCAAAUGCCAAGGCGCCGCUGAAGCCUGAUUCUCCCGGCAAGGUCGUGGGCGUGGGCAGCUCGGCUGGCGGCCAGGGCAAGAAGGACAGUGAUUCUACCACUGUCGAGGAGAGCAACGAGGAGCACGAGAUUGAAAUCACACUGAAUGAAAUCCUUAAAAAGUCUCCGACUAUCAUCUUCUCCAAGACAUACUGCCCGUACUCCAAGGCAGCCAAGAAGCUGCUCCUUGAAAAGUAUUCGAUAGACCCCCAGCCCUACGUCGUCGAGCUAGACGAACACCCCUUGGGCAAGCAGCUCCAAGCCAAGCUGGGAGAGAUGACUGGCCGCAAAACUGUGCCCAACAUCAUGAUCAACGGCAAGAGCAUCGGCGGCAGCGACGACAUUGCAGAACUAGACAACAGAGGAACCCUGAUUGACAAGAUCAAGUCAAUGGGCGGCAAGCGCGUCUCGAUGAAGGAGAGAUUUGUCGGCAACUCCAACAAGAAGGCAUAG